AUGUGCAGGGACGGCCUCCAUGAUUUCUUGGUCGAUCUGCCAAAGUGCGAGCACCACAUCCAUAUCGAGGGCUCCUUGGGGCCCGAGCUGUUGUUCCAACUCGCCGCACAGAACGGCGUCCCCCUGCCGGUCGACAGGGAUCCGGCCUUCACGUCCGUCGAGGCCCUGUACGAGCGGUACCGCAACUUCACCUCGCUCGACGACUUCCUGCACUAUUACUUCAUCGGCUUCUCCGUCCUGCUGACGGCGGCCGACUUUGAGGAGCUGGGGUACGCCUACUUCGCAAAAGCGCACUCGCAAAACGUGCGGCACGCCGAGGUCUUUUUCGACCCGCAGGCGCACACCAGCCGGGGCGUGGCGUACGAGACCGUCAUCGAGGGCCUGAGGCGGGCCCGCCGCCGCGCCGAGGCCGACUUCAAGAUGACGGUCGAGUACAUUGUAUGCCUCCUGCGCCACUGCCCCGUCGAGGACGGCAUGCGCAUGUUCGUCGAGGCGCGGGACGCGGGCCACUUCCGGGACGGCACCAUCGCGGGGCUGGGCAUGUCGAGCAGCGAGGCGCCGUACCCGCCCGCCAUGUUCGCGGCCGUCUACGACGCGGCCCGGGAGACAGGGGUCCGGCGCACGGCGCACGUGGGCGAGGAAGGCCCGGCGGCGUACGUCGUCUCGGCCCUCGACGAUCUGGGAGUGGAGCGCAUCGACCACGGCCGGCGGUCGACCGAGGACGAGGCGCUGCUGGCGCGGCUGGCGGCGGGCGGGACGCUGUUGAGCCUGUGCCCCGUGUCCAACGUCGUGCUGCGCGGCGUGCGGGACAUGCGGGAGAUGCCCAUCCGGGCCUUUCUCGACAGCGGUGUGCGGUUCAGCAUCAACAGCGACGACCCUGCCUACUUUGGCGGGUACAUCCUCGAGAACUACUGCGCGGUGCAGGAGGCGUUUGGGCUGAGCGUCGACGAGUGGCGCGGCAUCGCGACGGGGGCCGUCGAGGGGAGCUGGUGUUCCGAGGCGAGGAAGCGGGAGCUGGUCGGGGAGAUGGAGGGCGUCGUCGCCAGGCAUCAGGGGACGAGAGCUUAG